AUGGUCUUGUUGAAAACAACCGUGGUCGUCUUGCUGGCCGUCGCGUGCGUGUCCGCCGCCGCCACCACCAACAACUCGACCGUCGUCAAGACGCCGCUGGCCGCCGAUGUCCACCAGGAAAAAUCUGACGUGUCCGUCAAUCCCGAACCUAUUAAACCAUCAACACCUGUAAACAACCUGACUACUACAGAAUCUACACCAGAUAACAAAACGACUACAGCAACAACACCUACUUCAACAUCAACCACAACUCCAAUACCAACUACUAUUGUACCACCAAAUGGUACAACAACUACAGUUAAACCAUCAACAACUACACUUAAACCAUCCACAACUACACUCUCACCAAAUGGUACAACAACUACUUUGAGUCCUAAUAGUACGACUGUUGUUCCUCCGACUACAACAGAGCCAUCUCCAGCACCCUCUCCGGCUAGAAGUUGGGAUGGUCCAAGUUUCUUAGGUGGCAUGGUCCUAGCUUUUGGUAUAGUUGCAGUCGGAUUUGUUGGAUACCGGUUCUUCUAUUUGGGACGUGGAGGUGCCUACCAUACUUUGUGA